GCUGCGCACAGAGGGUGAGGGCGCGUAGCAUCGCUGCGAUGGAGACGCGAUUCUGAGAGCUUUGCCUUUCACGGAUACGGGAACUAUGUAGCUCGGGAUUUAACGCCAGCGUUUUUCUUCCAACGGCAAAGCGUCCGAGCCCUCACGCACGACAGGAUAACCGGGGGCGCCGGGGGGAUCGGGGCUUUCUGCCAUGGCUGAGCCCCUGUUAAAGAGAACCUUCUCUAGGCUCCGGGGCAAGGACAGACUCCGGCGCAAAACGCAGCCCAAAGUCCGCGAUGUGGCAGGGAAAACAGAUGCGGUCUUGGGCUCCUCGUCCUCCUCGGUUCCCACCUCUGCUGAGUCUGAGCUUCCUGUGGAGGACGUCGUCAGACACACACAGAUUACCGUCUCCAAAAAGCAGAACUGGACCAAGCUGUCCGCACCGGGCUGCCCUGGUCCCCAAAGACCUGCCUUCGCGACUGCAGAUGGGGACGGUUGCUCAGGAAAGGCCCAGGCUUGGAAGCAGGCCUGGAGCUGGAGGACUCCGAGGGGGGAUAGCUUGGAAGGCUGGUGGAAGGAGCCGGAUGCGGAGCUGGGUUACUUUAGAGCUUCCCGGGCCUCUAACGGGGGGGCUGACACGGGCUCACCCGAGUCCGCCCCGCCGGCAUCCGAGUUCCACCUCUCCCCCUGCGUCGCUAAGCUCUCCGGGCAGGGAGCCUACCUCCAGCACCUGGAGCGAAGCAGCCGAGCCUGGGUCCUGUCCACAGGAAAACCCCAGGCUCCAGACGAGGCCUACCCAGCCUGUCUCACAGAUUGGAAGCGCGUGGCUGAAGGGGAGAGCAAUAUUUGGUACAACCCCAUCCCAGAGGAGGAAGACGCUCGCGCCGGAGGAACGAAGCCGCGGGAGGAGUCCCGAGACCCGUGGAAGAGGAAGGAGACGGGAGGAUCUCCAGAGGAGAGAAGAGACAUUGUUCCAAAGAGCUGUCAGUCCGCGGGCGGAGCUAGCUGCGCUAGCGAGGCCGCUAGUGGUGGCACGCGCGGUUCCGCUGCCUGCGCCGGGGGUCCUGGGACCCCAAAGAUCGGCCCUGCGGGAAGCGCCGGCAUGAAGGACAAGGUCAAAUCCCCCGGCACGGUCCGCCGCCUUUCCAUGAAGAUGCGGAAGCUUCCGGAACUCCGCCGCAAACUUAGCCUGCGCUCCUCUCGCGGCCAGCGCCACGGGCAGGGCCAGGCAGGUGCCGAGGAGCGCAAGGAGUCCUCCAACAACGUCAUCAGCAGGUACCACCUGGACUCCAGCGCUCCCGCCAGGCCACGGCACAGGUCCUCGCGCACCCACUCUACCGGCAAGGGCGGUUACCUUAGCGACGGGGACUCGCCCGAGCUCUUGCCGAAGCAGGGGUCAGGCGAGGGGUCGCCCCCGCCUCCGCCUCGCCACGGAGGGCAGGAUGCUGCAGGGGUAGCAGACGCGGGGUCGUUCCGUCUCUACACGCUGGAGGACCAGCCCCGCUGUGCCCAGAGAGUGUCGGGCCUCCUGACGGUGCACCUGCUCGGGGCGGAGGAACUGGCACGCCCGCCCCGCUCCGACGCCUCCAAGGACGUGUUCUGUGCCAUCCAGGUGGAUGGGGUGACCCGCGCCCGUACCUCCCUGCUCGCCUGCCGGGGGGCGUGUCUCCCGCUAAACCACACCUUCAACCUGGAGCUGGAGCGAGCGCGGCUCCUCAAGCUGGUCGUUCUCACGCCGACCGUAACCGCGGCUGCUGGCGGUCAGUCGCGUAACCGGGUGUGCUGUCUUGGUGCUGUGGUCAUCCCACCGCUGUUUAAGGCCUCACGUACACAGCAGCUGUGUGUGAAACUGGACCCCAGGGGUUUGUUGUACGUGAAGUUGACUCUGCUGGAGCAGUGGGAUGUGGCCCCGCCCUGCCUCCGCGAGCUCCUCCCCCCCGCCGUGUUUGGAGUGGAGCUGCGCCUCCUUGUGGACAAGGAGGGCUGCAACCCCAAAGUGCCUCUCAUCAUUCAGAAAUGUGUGGCAGAGAUCGAGAAACGGGGACUCAAGGUGGUGGGUCUGUAUCGCCUCUGCGGCUCGGCUGCUGUGAAGAAGGACCUCCGGGACGCGUUUGAGAGAGACAGCGCGGCUGUCUCUCUGAGCGAAGACCUGUACCCAGACAUCAAUGUGGUGACGGGCAUUCUGAAGGACUACCUGCGUGAGCUGCCUUCGCCUCUAAUCACGAGGACCCUGUAUGAGGUGGUACUGCAGGCUAUGCGCGUGCGACCAGCGACUGAACACGGGGCCCAGAGCGCCCAGGGCACAGUGUCACUGCUACAGUGUCUGCCCGCACCAGAGAGGGCGACUCUGUCCCUCUUGUUGGACCACCUGAGUUUAGUGGCCUACUUCAGCCACUGUAACCUGAUGACCUGUCAGAACCUGGCCGUGUGUUUUGGUCCCGUUCUGCUGACGCCGACCCAGGAGUCCUGGAGGGCCGGCCUGGGGGGGCGUGGCCUCAACACUGUGGAGAUUACCAGCGCUGUGGACUUCAAGAGGCACAUAGAAGCCUUGCACUAUCUUCUACAGUUGUGGCCAAUCCCUGCAGGAAAGAUGACGGCGUGGUCACCAUACAGUCCAGAGCUGUCUUCUGUUCCUCCUCCAUCCCAGAAUUCCCUGCAGCACCGUAAGCACUGCGCGGAGCUUCCUCCGCCCCAGGAUGUAGCGGUGGUCUCCCGCAGGGGGCGAGGCCGUCUGGAGAGCCCGCCUUGUAACCGCUACGCUGGGGACUGGACCGUUUGCGGGCGGGACCUCGCUGGGGACCGGAGCGUCCGUGGGCGAGACUUCCUGUCCGACGACGUCGAUUACGAUGAGGUGGCAGGAAGUGAGGAGGAGGAGGAUGAGGAAGAGGAUAAGACAGAGGCGUGGGUGCCCUCGAGCUGUCUAUACUCUGAGGACUUUGCUCUGGACUUCGAUGCCCCGUUUACAUGCAGACUGAGUCUGAAAGACUUUGACAACUUAAUCUCAGAUCUGGAGAGAGAACUCGCCAAACAGAUCAACAUCUGUCUCUGAGCUCCCCCCAGGUCUGACCACUGUAUCUGUAAUCACACGGCACAGGAAUUCUAAAUAUCACUAUAAUUUAAUAACUCAAGUGAGUUAUAAUUAACAUUUUAUUGUUUCUUAUAACACUGGACUGCAUUCCUAAAUCAAGCAGUUAACAUUUAUUGCACAAUGUCAUAAACGUGAUCUAGUAAACAGUAAAUAUUUACUAAUGAUGUAUAGGGACUUCAGAUACAAGGGUUGGUCUUCGUGAGAUGGUAAUGAAGUAGACGUUUGUUUUUUUGUACUGACGGAAGAAGAACAUGUUAGUUCUGCUUUAGUACGUAUGAUGUUUAUUCACAAUCACCUGACUGGGUGUGUACAGCGCAGAUUUUGUCCCGUGGGGGUCAAAACACACCUCAUAAUUCCAGUCCAAUCUUCCAAGAUUAACGUGUUGUCUGUGCGCUACAGGGACGCAGCGUUGUUAGACUCCGGUUUCUGCGUGUUGCCGAGAGCUAUGGCGUGCCACAGUGUUGGACUGAAAUCGAAUUUUUCUAGUUGCUGAAUACUUAAAUAAGUUCUGCUACAGGAGGCCAAACGCUGAACCCCUUAAAGACUGCUGUGGCAGUCCUCUGAGGACCGGAGCCGGGGCUGAGGAGGUCCAGGUGGGGGGGUGCCUCCAGCAGGACCUGCUUGAUUGCUGUUCCUCGUCCCAGGAAUGUUCUCCUUCUAGGAGCCAGUGAUGCCUGCGCCUAGAAUUCUUUCCACCGGGACAUUCUGUGAUUGGUCCAGUAAUACCACUUCCUGUCAGCUGGAGUCUUUAACACUCAGCAUGUACCCCUCUUUCAGCUUGCCUUCAUUGAGACAGCAUGAUUUUGUCCUCAAUGGUUUUGGCUAAAUAAUCCUGAGGAAUUGGUCAGAAAAACCAAAUACAGAUUAUAUAGCUGUGAGAUUUCUGUUUGUGAUGUGAAUUCAGGUGUUAAAAUCACAUUAAUUCUCAAUAUUAAUGUGGACAAUCAUAACAUAAGUUAGGGACCACCAAAGUUAGUUAGAAGAGAAAAAAAAUUUACAUUUCAGUUUUAUUUGAAUGGAUUAAUGUGACAAAAUGUGCCGCGUUCAUUUGAGCAUGUCAGGGUAAAUGAGACCAGAUGAACGAGUAAUGAAUCUAUUGUCCCAAACACAGAUUUAUCCUGGAGCAAGACCAUUUUUCCCACAGUGAAGAAUGCAGUGGCGUUUAAUCCAGUUCAUCUGCUCAGUCUGUGUCUCGAAAACAAGCACUCGACUGAUCUGGACACGCUGACAUGCUUGUAACUGGCUUUCAAACCAAAGACAUUUGAUACUCGUAUUGCACUUCAGUAUUGUGUGUAAGAUUAUUUUCUGAUGUCUGCUUUGGUCCAAUGCAGCACACAGCCUUACAUUCUGACACACAAGCACGGUACAAACAUUGAGCCAAAUGUCAUUUAAUAUUUGAUGACGUUGUAGAGGGAAUUCAAAGGCCAUAACUGAACGAGAAUUUCACCUUCAUGCAAAAAUGAUUUCAUUGUAUUUAGCUUUUUUCCUAUAUUCUGUUUUGUUGUAUAAACAGUAUUAUUUUAUAUUGCACAUUUACAGGAAGCACUUAUUGCUCUGUUUACGAUGCCUGUGCAUGCAAAUGUAAAGGACGCUCUCUCUAAGAAGGUACCUUCAGGUACCUUUCAGUGUUAAUCUGCAAAAUUUGUAAAAAAAAAAAUAAAAGCACAGUAUUCUAA